AUGGGCAAAAUAACUGUUCAGUUCUUCCCUUGGGGAGGAGUUUGACAGUUCCCAGCGCAAGGUUUCCAGAGGACCCCACUUGGCCUAAGCCAGGCUCAGGAAGACAGACACCAGUCCAGAUCAGGUCCGUCCAGCCACAACUUCUGUUAAAGCCCAGACCUCAGGCUGAGGCAAGGUGGGCUGCACCAUCGUCCGCGGGACACUGGUCUGGGCGGUCUCCUCAGCUGUCACGGUGUGAAGAAGCCAGGCUUGAAGACCCAGGGCGCCGCUGGGGGCAGCUCCUGGGGCCUCCGGAGGCCAGCCCUAAGGGCCCAGUGCGACCCGAGCGACCUUCCCGUUCCCGCCCCCGGACGCGGCCCGGUUGCCUGCAGGCCUCACCCGGGUGUGGCCGCCGCUGCUCAGCAGAGCCUUGGGACUAGGGUCUGGCGUGUCGUAUAUUCAGUAAAUUCCGGCUGCUCAAGCUGCAUCUGCAUUUGAAUGUGCUCAGCCUGGUGUUCUCAGCUGUAAAAACCUUUUCAAAGCUACAGAAACUCUUAUGGAAAAAAUAAACAACUGGGAACAAUGAAGUUCCUUUUCUUCAUGUUUGGCGUCAUUCACCUUUUAUCCCCAAGUUCUGGAAAAGCUAUAUACAAGAAUGGCAUUUCUCAGAGAACAUUUCAAGAAAUACAAAAAGAAGUAGCCAGCUAUGAAGAUGUUGCUAAAGCAAUUAUUAACCUUGCUGUUUAUGGUAAAUGCCAGAACCGGUCCUAUGAGCGUUUGGCACUACUAGUUGAUACUGUUGGACCCAGACUGAGUGGCUCUAAGAACCUAGAGAAAGCCAUCCAAAUCAUGUACCAAAACCUACAGCAAGAUGGUCUGGAGAAUGUCCACCUGGAACCAGUCAAAAUACCCCACUGGGAGAGGGGAGAAGAAUCUGCAGUGAUGCUCCUGCCUAGAAUUCACAAGAUGGCAAUUUUGGGUCUUGGCAGCAGCGUUGGAACUCCCUCAGGAGGCAUUACAGCAGAGGUACUGGUAGUAACCUCUUUUGAUGAACUCCAGAGAAGAGCGUCAGAGGCAAAAGGGAAGAUAGUUGUUUACAACCAGCCUUACACCAGCUAUGGGAUCACAGUGCAAUACCGUACACAGGGAGCUGUGGAAGCUGCCAAGGUGGGGGCUGUGGCAUCCCUCAUCCGAUCGGUAGCAUCCUUUUCCAUCUACAGUCCUCACACAGGUAUUCAGGAAUAUCAAGAUGGUGUGCCCAAGAUCCCAACAGCCUGUAUUACAGUGGAAGAUGCAGAAAUGAUGUCACGAAUGGCUUCUCGUGGGAACAAAAUUGUCAUCCAUCUGGAGAUGGGAGCAAAGAGCUACCCAGAUGCGGAUUCCUUCAACACUGUAGCAGAGAUCACUGGGAGCAAGUAUCCCGAGCAAGUUGUACUGGUCAGUGGACAUCUGGACAGCUGGGAUGUUGGGCAGGGUGCCAUGGACGAUGGUGGUGGAGCCUUCAUAUCAUGGGAAGCACUCUCACUUGUUAAAGAUCUUGGGCUGCGUCCAAAGAGAACACUCCGCUUGGUGCUCUGGACAGCUGAAGAACAAGGUGGAAUUGGUGCCUCCCAGUAUUAUGAGCAACAUAAGGUCAAUGUUUCCAACUACAGUCUGGUGAUGGAGUCUGACUCAGGAACCUUCUUACCCAUGGGGCUGCAGUUCACCGGCAGUGACAAGGCCAGGGCUAUCAUGAAGGAGGUCAUGAGCCUGCUGCAGCCCCUCAACGUCACCAAUGUCUUUAGUGAUGGAGAAGGAACAGAUAUUAACUUCUGGAUCCAAGCCGGAGUGCCUGGAGCCAGUCUGCAAGAAGACUUGUACAAAUAUUUCUCCUUCCAUCAUUCCCACGGAGACACCAUGACUGUCAUGGAUCCAAAGCAGAUGAAUGUUGCUGCUGCUGUCUGGGCUGUUGUAGCUUACGUUGUUGCAGACAUGGAGGAAAUGCUGCCCAGGUCCUGAGGAGAACAAGAAGAAAGGCCCUUGUCCUCAUUAGCGGGGAAUCCUGGCUUUGUGUCUUCAAGAUACCUAUCUUCACAAAACAGUGUUAUGCACUUAAUCUACAGGGCACAGCUUUCUCUAUAGUUUCUGUUAAUCAUCUUUUCUUGACUCUUUCUUACCUGUUUCUAGAAUAAGGCAUGAUACUCACUACUCCAUAGAAUCAGCACUCUGUGGGUAAUCACAAUUAAGGCAUUUGUUUAUACCACUUUGAAAAUAAACAAAUCUGUUUAAAGCCUC